AUGCCUCCUGUAUCUAUGUACAGCAAGGACGAGAAGGUCCUCUGCUUUCAUCAUGACAUCCUCUACGAUGCGAAGAUCCUAGAGGUGCGCCACAAGGACCCCUCUGAUAAGAAGAGUGUCCUUGAAUUCCUCGUCCAUUAUAAAGGCUGGAAGAAUACCUGGGACGACUGGGUUCUCGAGGAUCGGCUUCGUAAGGCCACCGAGGAGAAUCGAGAGCUGGCCGCCAAUCUACGGCGUGAGGUCGAGGCCGCCGCCCGCCUGAAAAACGCCAAACCUGCCGCCAAAAAGCGUGCCAUGUCUGAUCGUAGCUCCGUGCGUGACAGCGAGGAGCGCGGCAAUUCAGUACCUGGCCGUGGCAGCAAGCGGGCCCGUGGUGAGACUGAUAUCGAGAAGGAGGAGACCUUUCACGCGCGCCCUUCAAUCCGCAUCGUCAUGCCGGACAACCUGAAGGCCCUGAUCGUCGACGACUGGGAGCGCAUCACCAAGAACGGCGCCGUCGUCGCCCUCCCCGCGCCCAAGCCCGUCCGCCAGAUCCUGCAGGAGUGGCGCGACGAGGAGGCGCCCAAGCGCGUGGAGAGUCGCAUCGAUGUAGACGUCCUCGACGAGGUCAUUGCCGGUUUGCUCGAGUACUUCGACACCAUGCUCGACAAGAUCCUGCUCUACCGCUACGAGCGCCCUCAGUACCGCAUCUUCCGCAAGAAGUUCGCCAACCCCCCCGGCAAGGGUCCUGUCGAUAUCUACGGCGGAGAACACCUCAUCCGUCUCUUCAGCCUCCUGCCCGAGCUCCUUGCUCAGACCAAUAUGGACCUGCAGGCUACCCAGCGCCUGCGCGAGGAACUCUCCAAGUUCUCACUGUGGCUGUCCAAGAACUCCGAGAAGUACUUCCGCACCGAAUAUAUCUCCGGAGAGGAAUCCUCCCUCGAAAAGUCCAUCAAGGCAGCGCGCUGA